AAAAGUUUCAGUUCACAGAGUUAUGUGUUGAUCCAUAUGAGAAUUCACACAGGUGAGAGGCCAUAUCUUUGUGAAACAUGUGGGAAAAGUUUCAGUCAACGCAGUAGUUUAUUGACCCACACGAGAAUUCACUCAGGUGAGAGGCCAUAUCUUUGUCAAACAUGUGGGAAAAGCUUCCGUAGGAACAGUGAUUUAUUGAGGCACAUGAGAAUUCACUCAGGUGAGAAGCCAUAUCUUUGUGAAACAUGUGGGAAACGUUUCCGUUGGAACAGUCAUUUAUUGGUCCACAUGAGAAUUCACACAGGUGAGAAGCCAUAUCUUUGUCAAACAUGUGGGAAAAGCUUCCGUAGGAACAGUGAUUUAUUGAGGCACAUGAGAAUUCACUCAGGUGAGAAGCCAUAUCUUUGUCAAACAUGUGGGAAAAGCUUCCGUAGGAACAGUGAUUUAUUGAGGCACAUGAGAAUUCACUCAGGUGAGAAGCCAUAUCUUUGUCAAACAUGUGGGAAAAGCUUCCGUAGGAACAGUGAUUUAUUGAGGCACAUGAGAAUUCACUCAGGUGAGAAGCCAUAUCUUUGUGAAACUGGGAAAAGCUUCAGUCACCGCAGUAAUUUAUUGACCCACAUGAGAAUUCACUCAGAUGAGAGGCCAUAUCUUUGUGAAACAUGUGGGAAAACCUUCCGUUGGAGCAGUCAGUUAUUGAGCCACAUGAAAACUCACUGA